AUGAGUGAUUCGCUAUCCUGCACGAAUGGGAUCGGCUCAGGCAGAGCCGGCUUCUUCCCCUUGAAUUACUUGUCAGCCAUUCGCCUACUGAAACUGAAGGUUCUCGAAACACCCUUUCCCGUCGACGACGACGACCCCGGGCUACCGCUCCCCUUCUCUUGUGCCGUGAUCUUCCGUCCAUCAACCAUGGUUUCUGAGUUCUGA